AUGGUUGUGAACAAGUACGGCAUGCGCAACGACAUCCAGUCGUACAACCUCGGCGGUAUGGGCUGCAGUGCUGGCCUUAUCGCCAUCAAACUUGCUCGGGAUCUGCUUCAGGUGAUUCCCAACACAUACGCGAUCGUUGUGUCAACGGAGAACAUCUCUCUGAACUUGUACCUCGGAAACCGUCGCUCUAUGCAAGUGUCCAACUGCCUGUUCCGAGUUGGUGGAGCAGCCAUGCUCCUCACCAACAAGAGCAGCGAGCGUUACCGCGCCAAAUACGAGCUGAAACAUGUGGUGCGUACCCAUUUGGGCAAAGACGACAAGAGCUACGGCUGUGUGUUCCAGGAGGAGGACGACAACAAGAUAGUCGGAGUCGCCCUUUCUCGCGACCUCAUGAACGUGGCUGGCGAGGCUCUGCGCACCAACAUCACGACGCUGGGUCCGCUUGUUUUGCCGCUUUCGGAGCAGCUGCUAUUCGCCGCAGUUCUCAUCGCGCGUAAGGUCUUUGGCAUGAAGAUGAAGCCCUAUGUACCGGACUUCAAGCUGGCAUUUGAGCAUUUCUGCAUCCACGCUGGUGGUCGCGCUGUCAUUGACGAGAUCGAGAAGAACCUGGAGUUGACACAGUACCACGUCGAGCCAUCGCGUAUGGCUCUGUACCGGUUCGGCAACACAUCCUCAUCGUCCAUCUGGUACGAGCUCUCCUACUCGGAAGCACAGGGUCGUGUCCGCCGUGGUGACCGCGUCUGGCAGAUCGCGUUUGGGUCCGGAUUCAAGUGCCAGACGCUUGCCCUUCGCGUGGCUCGCAUGACACCCGACGACGUGCAGACGCUUUGGGAAUUUCUGCACCAGAAUGCUAUUCCUGUCUUCGUCGCCCUUAACAUCAUCCUCCUCGCCGCCGCCUUGUACUUCGCCACCAGACGCACGCGUAUUCUGCUCGUCGACUACGCCUGCUUUCGGCCUUCGGAAGAGCUCGCCAUGACUCGCGCCGAGGGACUCGACUUCGCUCGCCGCACUCCGACCUUCGACGACAAGAGCGUCGAGUUUCAGACCAAGGUCGUCGAGCGAUCCGCUCGGAACGAAGCGGAGAUGGUCAUUUUUGGCAGUCUUGAUGCGCUGUUUGAAAAGACCGGUCUUAAACCGAAGGAUAUCAGCAUUCUGGUGGUGAACUGCAGCAUUUUCUGCCCGACUCCGUCGCUGUCCGCGAUGGUGGUGAACAAGUACGGCAUGCGCAACGACAUCCAGUCGUACAACCUCGGCGGUAUGGGCUGCAGCGCGGGUCUUAUUGCCAUCAAGCUCGCUCAGGAUUUACUCCAGGUGACCCCCAACACGUACGCAGUUGUCGUAUCUACCGAGAACAUCUCCCAGAAUAUCUACCUCGGCACACGCCGCUCCAUGCAAGUCUCCAACUGCCUCUUCCGCCUGGGAGGAGCCGCCAUGCUGCUCACCAACAAGAGCAGCGAGCGCCGCCGCGCCAAGUACGAGCUGAAGCACGUGGUGCGCACGCACAUGGGCCGGGACGACAAGAGCUACGGCUGUGUGUUCCAGGAGGAGGACGAUAACGGGGUGGUGGGCGUCGCUCUCUCCAAGGACCUCAUGAACGUGGCUGGGGAGUCGCUCCGCACCAACAUCACUACGCUGGGCCCGCUCGUCCUGCCGUUGUCCGAGCAGCUCUUAUUCGCCGCGGUUCUGAUCGCGCGCAAGGUCUUUGGCGUGAAGAUGAAGCCCUAUGUGCCGGACUUCAAGCUGGCAUUUGAGCAUUUCUGCAUCCAUGCCGGUGGACGCGCUGUUAUCGACGAGCUUGAGAAGAACCUUGAUCUUACCAACUACCAGACCGAGCCGUCCCGCAUGGCUCUUUACAGGUUCGGCAACACAUCCUCAUCGUCCAUCUGGUACGAGCUCUCCUACGCAGAAGCACAGGGUCGCGUCCGCCGUGGCGACCGCGUCUGGCAGAUCGCGUUUGGGUCCGGAUUCAAGUGCCAGAGUGCGGUGUGGCAGGCUCUUAGGAGGAUCGAUCCCAAGAAGAACAGAGGCGUGUGGGCAGAGUACUAUGACGAAGUGGGUGGCCCGGAGAUGUUUGCUGCAGCGCUCGCAGAUGCUCAAGCUCCUGUCAGGCCGAUUCCAGCUUCAUAG